GGGAAUUAUUUCUUCUAGGUCGUUUACUAUUAACACGGCGGCUAGAUUUUCUGUCUCAGUGUUCGUUUGUCCGGUUACUUUCAUCAAUACUAUCAUCUCGUCGCUAAAAAUAAAGAGCAGCAUGUACGUGAAAUACUAUGGGCAGAAAAACCAAUAAGCAGAAGCUCAGUUUUCCAAAUGUUCAGGGAUGGGUACCGUACAAAGCGUUUUCUGCAAAAAAAAGCGAAGAAGUUUCGGAGCCACAAUAUGCUGAAGUUCCAAAGGAUUGGAAGGAGCCGAAGUUUAAUCCUGAGGAUAAUCCUCAUGGGAGAUUGUUUGCUUCAUCAUCAUACACAACACUCUUUCCAAAAUAUCGUGAGAAGUACUUGAGCGAAAUUUGGCCCGCCUUAAGAAGAAUAAUGAUGGAACAUCAUAUUCGAGUGGAGUUAGAUGUGGCUGAAAGUACUAUGGAAGUUCGAACAACUCCAAAGACUUUUGAUCCUUUUAUCAUACUAAAAGCCAGGGAUGUUAUACGCCUAUUAGCCCGCUCUGUCCCUAUGGAGCAAGCUAUUCGUGUCCUGGAUGACGAGACAUUUGCAGAUAUUAUUGAAAUUAACUUGACCAAUCGUGAACGAUUUGUUAAAAGACGUAAUCGGCUUAUUGGUCAUGAUGGCGAAACAUUGAAAGCUCUGGAGCUGUCUACUAACUGUUAUAUAGUUGUGCAAGGAAAAACUGUUUCUGUGGUUGGUCGAUAUAACGAUUUAAAGGAGGUGCGUAAAAUUGUUCAAGGUUGCAUCUAUGACAAUAUACAUCCAGCUUAUUCUAUUAAAAGAUUACUUAUAAUAAAAAAACUUUCUAUGGAUCCUACAAAACAAAAUAUAUCUUGGGAUAGAUUUUUGCCUAAAAUGAAAAAGAAGGUACUUAGUCGACGUAGAAAACCUCAUAAAGUACGUAAGAAAAAAGAAUACAAUCCAUUUCCACCACCACCAGUUCAAUCAAAAAUUGAUAUUGAAUUAGAAAAAGAUGGCAAGGAACAAGUGAUCCAGAUAUUCAAACAGACCACUGUUCAAUACUAUUCAGUUAAAACAGUUUCAAUGGUGCACUCAUUGAUUUUUGUUAAUAACCUACAGUUUAAACUAGAAACACUUCAAGAAGCAUAGCAUAAUUCAAUGAGUUACAAUUCAUUGGGAAUAAAAAAGAACAAACAAGAAAAAACCCUUUUUUUUUCUUUUCAUAAAUUUAUUUACAAUAUUGACAAAUGUUAAUCCAUUUAUCAUUGAUCAGUUUUUUCUUUUCUUCUUUGAAUGAAUGGGUAAAGAGAGAUUGUCUUUGUAAUUCUUUUCUUUUUUUUUUUACAUAAAUUUGAUCUGGAGUACAAUCUGUAUGGGUAAUGGAAUGGAAAUAGAAUCAGAUAUUUAGAUAAAUAUAUAAAUUUUAUCUAUUUUAACACAUAGAUAUUGGUA